UCACUACCAGGAUGUACUUCCGGUUAACACUGUGCUGACGGACGUGUGAUGCAACCAGACGUCAGGACAUUUCUCAACUUCUCUCAAUAAGUUUUAGCAUUUUUAGUUAGAAAAUCACGUUGGGAACGACACGCGGAUUAACGGCCUUGUAUUGUUUGUUCGUUGUUUUGUAUUUAGUAGAUCCGUCCGACAGUAAAACCGGUUUCCUGUCCUCUCUCUAACGGCAGUAACUCCUUCUCUAGAUGGGAGCUAACGGUCGCUAGCAGCCGGUGGAUGUUGCUGGAUUUCACUCCUUUUUAAAGAGUUGUUUGUCUUCAGCUCAGUCUCGCGUCUUGUCCUCUUUGUUAGCUAUAACCCCCAUCACCUGGGCCUCCAUAUGUACUUGUUUUGAGUCGCUGGGUGCCGGCGGAGUCACCUGUAACCCUCUUGUUGUUGAGUCUUUAAAUGGCCACCGCUGCCCCCCCUCCUCCAGCCCCUGGCUCCACUGCGGCCACUGAGAACCCGAGUCCCGGAUCCAGCAGCUCCACCGCGGCUGACGGCGGCAACCAGGACAGCACCUUCGAGUGUAACAUCUGUCUGGACACCGCCAAGGAUGCAGUGAUCAGCCUGUGUGGACACCUCUUCUGUUGGCCUUGCUUGCAUCAGUGGUUGGAGACCAGACCCAACAGACAAGUGUGUCCGGUGUGUAAAGCUGGCAUCAGCCGAGACAAAGUAAUCCCCUUGUAUGGACGGGGAAGUACAGGUCAACAAGACCCCAGAGAAAGAACACCCCCUCGACCACAAGGUCAGAGGCCUGAGCCAGAAAACCGUGGUGGCUUUCAAGGGUUUGGCUUUGGAGAUGGCGGUUUCCAGAUGUCAUUUGGAAUCGGUGCCUUUCCAUUUGGUAUUUUUGCUACAGCAUUUAACAUCAAUGACGGAAGACCUCCUCCAGCGGCCCCUGGGACACCACAACACAUGGAUGAACAGUUUCUGUCUCGACUCUUCCUGUUUGUCGCUCUGGUGAUUAUGUUCUGGCUGCUGAUUGCAUAAAUGCACGGAAAGAUAACAUCUUCUGCGACAUUAUGGCACAUCAUUACGGUUUGCACCAAUAUGAUUCUGCCUUCUUUCUGGUUACUUUUUUUUCCUCUCUCUCCUUGACACGAAGCCAUGUGAGAUUUGAAUGACGCAGGUUUUUUUCCGAAAAUAAAGAUAUGGAUAACAUCUGUCAAGGUGAACCGUUUAGCCUUGGUUUCCUAAUGUUUCAACUCAUAAACACAGUUGCUUUGCAAAGCAGCACACCAAAAUUCUUCACCCAAACUGUAUCAGCUGAAAGCUUCAAACGUCAUGCUGCUUGUUACAACAUGUCUGUCUCUCUUUUGUUUAUUUUAAUCAGACACAUACAUGAGGUUGUUCAGAUUAGAGAAAAUGGAAGAGAUCAUUCUCAGUACUCUUUUGUUGUUAUUGUUUUUGAGUUAUUACUGCUCAUUUACUUAGAUUUUCAUUCACACUUUUAAUCCCAUAUGUUGUAUAUGGUAAUUUCCUUUCAGCCUAUAUUUGGCCUCUAUUACCCUAUUUGAUCCCUAUCCCUUUUAAGGCUAUCUUUUAUUUAAAAUUAAUUUUAGUCAGUUGGCCCUAUUCCUAUUGACUGCUCAUAGCAGGAAAAGCACAGGUGUUAAAAAUAACAUUAAUGAUGCGUUCGAAAUCACAUACUAUUCAUUAUAUACCAAAUAUGUGUGCUAUCGAUCAACAUACUUUUAUGUGAAUAAACAGUAGUAUGUAUCUCUUCAGAUGCACUGAGCAGUAAUUUACGUUGUCACUUCCUGAGAGCCUCUUUACCGGUUGGAGACGCGUAACCAUGGCAACCCGUACCAACCUGAUAUGACCAAAACGAUGAUUUGUGAGAAUCAUAAAGUCUGAACAAAUUUUUAAAAUGUAUUACGGCCAGCAAAGUGAAAUCUUUACUUACCCAUGUCACUACCGCAUUGCACUGUGGGAUAUUUAUGCCACCAUAGUGUCCACUGUUUGCAUACUGUAAUAUUUCACCAGACAUUUUAUGCAAUUUGCUUACUAUUGGUUUCGGAGAUGCUAAAAAAAAUCUCACAUACUGUUUUAGUGUACUAAACAGCACGCUAUUAUGGAAUUUCGGACACAACCUAGCUCUGUUAUACUCAAAUGUACCAGUAAACCAUGACUGUGUGAUCAUUUAUUUUAUUAUUAACAGCUGUGCUUUUAAAAUCUUUACAUGUCAAUUUAUCACAAACACACCCUGUAUUGUUUUGAAUUAUUGCAGAGUCUUACUAGCAUGUGCCUCAUCCAUUUUGUCUCUCUGUUCACUGAUGUACUAAGAUUCUUUUUUUUUUUUUAAUAUAGCUCUUCCUAAUCUUACAAAUUACACGUCAUUGUCGAAAUUUACCAAAAUCACACACGUUUUGUGGAAUCAAAACAAUGUCACGCAUUGUCUCUUUAUUUUAGAUGAGAUUAAAAAGAAAUGUUGAUGCAUGUAAGCAGUUGAAAGAUUUAAUUUAUGAAACAGUGUUCCUCUCCAAAAUGUAAAGUAUUUCUUUUUUGCUCAGUUUUCUCUGUCCCUGUAAUUACAUGUAAAAUACUGUAGAUUAUUACUGGAAUGAAGACUGGCUGGUUGAACAUGAAACCACUUUUCUAAAUGUGAAUUCACUCUAUUGACAGAAAAUCUAUGUAAAUAAAAAAAUUAAUCAGAGUCUGUCUGGUUUAUCAAGGUGUAAAUAUGUUAAGGCUUUCUCACAAGCCUUACUCAUCUAACAAAUAUGCAAAUCAAGACCCACCAAACCACAGUGGUGUGGAAAAAAAAUGCAACAACUUGCUCAAUAGUAAAAGGUAUUCUUCAUUGUUAAUUUCAAAUUAAAAAAAGGAUGUACUUCAGACUCAACCACUGUGUGCC